AUGUCAAACACCACAUCAAAUGACUUAUUUGAUACUCCGUGUGACAACGAUUAUUCACUGGAGAUGACACGAUUUAUCGUCCAAAAAAUUCUAGUGCCUUUUAUUACAUCUAUCGGAUUUGUUGGAAACCUUCUCUGUAUUAUUGUUCUAACUCACAAGUCCAUGGUGUCGUCUACGAAUUGCUAUCUUACCGCGCUAGCUAUUUUUGAUAUUUCCUACCUUAUUCUUAGUUUCACAUUGAGUUUGAAACAUUACGCUGUUGUGAAGAGUUUGGAAGCCUAUAUUUACUGGUAUCCAUACGCAAGAACAUUUACAGACAUAUGUAGCAACGUUUCCGUAUGCCUUACUGUCACAUUUUCCUUAGAACGCCUGAUUGCUGUGUGUUAUCCGAUGAAGGGUAGGGUAAUAUGUACGCCACAAAGAGCUAGAUUUAUAACACUCCUAGUUGUGACCUUUGCUGUUAUCAGCACAUUCCCGGAAUUUUUCGAAAUGAAAACGGUAAGAAUCAAGAACAACAUUACUGUAGUACUUAAGAACACGGAGACAGAUUUCGCCAAAACUGAUGCCUACAAAAUCUUUUACUACCACUAUUUGGUGCUAACUUUCACAUUUUUGCCGUUUAUUUUAUUGUCGACCUUUAAUGGUAUUUUGGUGAGAACAGUUUACUCUGCAAUGAGAAUAAGAAAGCGUAUGACUAAUUCAUAUUCCUCAAAUAAACAAAACGCCCGUCGACAAGCGGAACAAAAUAGAAUCACAAUUAUGCUUAUUGGCGUUGUGAUAGUUUUUCUUCUGUGUCAAUCGCCAAACGCUGCAUUGAUACUUUAUUUAACCUACCUUGACUCUAACGAUAUGCUUCUAACAGCUUGCGAAGCAAACAACGUCAAGAUCGCCGGAAACGUCGUAAAUAUGAUGGUACUUAUCAAUGCAUCGAUAAACUUCAUACUUUAUUCAGCUAUGAGUACGAAAUUCAGACGCGUUUUUGUUCGCUUGUUAUGUUUCUGUGAACGAUAUGGGCUAGAUUUCUUUACAAGAACGGAAACAAGUUCGUACAAUGGUCAUUCAAUGAAGGGGCCUGAACUACCUCUACGCUUUCGUUCUGGAAGACGCCAAAAUUAUGUUUACAGUCCUCACAAGCAUGUGCCUAUUCAAAACAAGAAUAAUUGUAGAACCAGGGGAUUCUACCACAAUGGACAUAAUGACCAGAAACAGCCGCUUACUUUCUUUAAAACUACUAGAUCCAGUUCAAGUUCGCAUAAUGCUUCGUGCUCCUCAAAUGAUGACGAUGCGUUUACACCAAUAGUUAUGAGGAAAACAAAUAAACAUAGAGUAAACGGAUCGACGAUGUGCCAAAGGUUUAGAAGAAACAACAACAGCAAGAUUAUGAGCCAAAUUGCUUUGUCUGACGAGAAAAGAAAGGUUUCAGAUGACGUUUAUUUGAUUAAGCUUUCUCUGAAGGCGACCAUAUCUAAAAGACAACAUAGAAAUCAAGAUACCAAAAUAUAA